UAAAUCGUCAAAGGCAUGACCUGCCUGAUGAAUAUGUUUUGUUCACUCGGGAUAUCCUCCGUUAUGAACCGACGAUGCGUGAUAGUGGGCAGCGUGUUGGCGGCGGUGGUGCUGUGCGCGCUGGUCGCCGUGCUCGUGCUCCGGCCCUGGGCUAGCGAGGAGCACCGCCGCUACCGGCGCGCCGUCGUCGCCGCUAAUGGCAUAGAGUGCGCUGCUAUCGGACGCGGCAUACUAGAGAAGGGGGGCUCCGCCGUCGAUGCUGCUAUAGCGACGCUGUUCUGCGAGGGCGUAGGAUGCGCCCAGUGCAUGGGCCUCGGGGGCGGCUUCCUGGCCACCGUGUACGAUGCCUCUACACGGCAAGUUCGGGUGCUCAACGCGCGCGAGCGGGCGCCCGCAGCCGCGUACGCAGAAAUGUACCAGAACGCCUCGUCUACCGUUGGAGGGCUGGCGGUGGCGGUGCCGGGCGAGCUGCGUGGCUACGGCGCAUUACACGAGAAGUUCGGGCACCUGGAGUGGCGGGAACUAGUGAAGCCCACGGCGGAGCUCUGCCGGAAGGGCCACCGCGUCAGCGAAUACCAGGGCCGCGUCCUCGACUCGUACAGCAACGUCAUCCACGAGCAGCCUUCAAUGAGAGAGCUGUACGUCAAUCCAGAAACCGGGGAGGUGUACAAAGAAGGAGACUUAAUCAAAGACCCGUUGUUCGCGCAAACCCUGGACCGUAUAGCGGAGGAGGGCCCGGAGGCGAUUCACAACGGAUCCAUGACGGCCUCGCUGGCCCGAGAUAUACAAGGCUUCGGGGGUAUCGUCACAGAGGACGAUCUCAGGAAUUACCACGUAGAAUGGCAGGAUCCAAUAACGGUAGAGUUGUCGCCGGAGCGCACCCUGUACACCGUACCGUUGCCGGGCUCGGGUUCGGUUCUGGCCUACAUCCUCAACAUCCUUAAGAGCUGGGUGGGGACCGGCACCGACGUGGAGGCCUACAGCGGCCUCUACUGGCAUCGCAUCAUACAGACGUUCAAGUACGCGUACGCCAAACGUACGGGUCUGGGAGACCCCACACGAGUUCACUCGCCGAUUAAUAUACGUGAGUUACAAAGCAACCUGACAUCGGAGUCCUGGUCGCUGACGUACCGGAGUCUGAUCGACGACACGCGUACGUACAACGACUGGCGUCACUACGGCGCGCUGUUCGAGGGCGCGGACGACCACGGCACCGCCCAAGUGUCGGUGGUGGCGCCCGACGGCAGCGCCGUGUCUGUCACUAGCACUAUUAAUUACAUUUGGGGUGCGCAAAGACGUUCGCCUUCCUUAGGCUUUAUGUUGAACAACGAGAUGGAUGACUUCGCUGUGCCCGACCAGGUCAACUCGUACGGUAUGCCUCCGUCGCCGUCCAACAUGAUAGAGCCCGGUAUCCAACCGCUGAGCUCCAUGGUUCCGUCCAUCGUGGUCAAUAAAGACGGACAUCCGGACUUAGUAAUCGGAGCAGCUGGAGGCACGAAGAUCACUACGCAGAUUUCAUUGGUGGUAAUGCAGACCCUGUAUGAGAAGGAGGAGUACUCGCCUGUGAUACGGCGGCCGCGUCUGCACCACCAACUCGUGCCGAUGCACAUCGAGCACGAAGCCAAUGUCGAUCCGGAGUUGCUGAAGUCUCUCCAAGCGCGUGGGCACGAGACGACCCAGCUGGGUCCCACGGCUGGGUUCGCUGCCAUCGUGGGCACCUUACGAGGUCCCGACGGCUUCUGGCAGACCCAGACAGACCCGCGCCGCGUCGGCAGCAUCGACGGACUAUGAUCGUAGAUGUAACUUAUUAUAAAUUAUACCAGUGUAAGGGUCAGUUCAAACUUUGACGAGACGGCGCACAAUACUUAGGUAUGCCUUGAAACGCAAACAGGCAGCUAAGAGCGUUUGUCUCAUGUUUAAAAGGCAUAUUUUGUUUCUAAAUCGUCUCGUCUCAAUGUCAAUUGAUCUAAGCUUGUGUUCUUUCAAGAUUUUCUUUGUGGCUGCUAGUUGCAACACAAUGAAAAGUGAAAAAUUAAAAAAAAAUCAAAGAAAGGGUAUUAGCUGUCUGUGGUUAUAACUCACUAUUUAAGAAUAAGAUUUUUGCCAUGUUGUUGGAACAGCCGUGAAUUUGUAUCUCAUACUCAAAUAAUUUAUAAAUGUUAAUUUAAAUUAUUAGUUCGCCAAUAUUUAGUACCUACAGUUGUUAUAGGUAAGUACUAAGUACUGAUUGUUUAUUGUUCAGUCA